GUACAUGAGCAUAAGAUUUAAAACGAUUCGAGGAAUCUUAAAGCAUUAUUGAUUCAUCGCUGUACUUCAACUCUACUUUAUAUCCUCUCCUUUUUAUAUAUUCUCCCCAAACUUUUCAGCCACCCACACAUCUCUCAAACUCUCAAACUCUCUUUCUCCCUCAGAGCACAAAACUUUUCUCACUUUCUCUUUCGAAUCAGCAAAGAAAAUGGAGAUGGGUUUUGCUAAGUUCCAAGUGUUCAUGAUGAUCUUGGGUCUUUUGGCCACUUUAUGCAUAGCUCAAGCACCCGGGGCUGCACCAAAAGCUUCACCACCCACAGCAACUCCACCAACCGCCACACCACCCACCGCCACACCACCGGCUCCAACCCCAUCACCAAAAGCAUCUCCAACUCCAUCUCCGGCUCCAACCUCAACUCCACCAGCUCCAACUCCUUCAGCUACCCCAGCACCAUCUCCUUCACCCAAAGCUCCAUCUCCUUCACCCAAAUCUCCAAGCUCAGCUCCAACUCCAUCAACCUCUUCUCCACCUGCUCCCGGCGCACCAGGCACAUCCCCAUCCGAGUCACCGUCUUCUGAAGCACCACCACCACCCAGUGCUGCUUUCUCUACAAGCAAAGUUGUGAUUGCUGGAACAGCUCUUGUUGGAACUUUCUUUGCCGCUGUGGUGUUGGCUUAGAGACUAUGGGGAGUUUUUUUCCUUUUUGGGAGGUUUCGUCCACGUGGAGGCUCAUGACUAUAGAUCUUUAUUUUUGAUGGACGGAUGAGAUCUAUUUAUUUCUCUCUUUUAUUUUUUUUUUUAUGUUCUUUUUCAAUUUUUCCGAUAUUUAUUUUUAUUUUUUUUUGUUGUGUUUGAUCAUUCAAUAUUGGGUUUGACUUCUAGGGUUGGAUUUGUAUGAUGAUGAUGAUUAUUUGGGAGAUUCAUUCGCUUUGUGUUGACACGUGUAUCCAUUUGUAGAUGAGUCCGGUGUACAUCAAUUAAUAGUUGAAUAAAACACUUUGUUAUUCUUUUCUAUUGAU